CCAGGAGCAGCCGCGGCGCGGGGUGGGGCCGCACGCUCCCAGCUCCCCGCCCGAGGGCGCGCACAGCCCGGCGGCAGCGGCGCUGCCGGUGGAUGCGCCGGGCGGUCGCUCUGAUCGAUGCGCUCCGCGUCGCUUCCCUGCCCCCGAGCGCCAUUUUGGCCGCGGGGGCCGGAGGGAGAGAGGCGGCUGCGGGGAGUGGUGCGGAGCGAGACCCGCCCAGGUCUCGCUACGGCUACCUGGAGAAGAUGACAGAUCUGGUGGCUGUUUGGGAGGUUGCUUUAAGUGAUGGUGUUCACAAGAUUGAAUUUGAACAUGGAACUACAUCAGGAAAACGUGUUGUAUAUGUAGAUGGAAAGGAAGAAAUAAGAAAAGAGUGGAUGUUUAAACUAGUGGGUAAAGAAACAUUUACAGUUGGAACAGCCAAAACAAAGGCUACCAUUAACAUUGAUGCAGUCAGUGGUUUUGCAUAUGAGUAUACCUUGGAGAUCAAUGGGAAAAGCCUCAAGAAGUACAUGGAGAACCGGUCAAAAACAACAAAUACCUGGGUAUUAAGCUUGGAUGGUGUGGAUUGUAGAGUUGUGUUAGAGAAGGACACUAUGGAUGUCUGGUGCAAUGGUAAAAAAAUGGAAACAGCGGGUGAAUUUGUAGAAGAUGGAACAGAAACUCACUUCAGUGUUGGUGAUCAUGACUGUUGCAUUAAGGCUGUCAGUAGUGGAAAGCGAAGGGAAGGAAUCAUUCAUACUCUUAUAGUAGAUGACAGAGAAAUCCCAGAGGUUUUGGAGUAGCCUGGAGUUAAUCUGUUAUAGAAAUAAAGAUCAGGGAUUUUCAAUUACUGUGGUAAUUAAUGAUGUUAAUAUGUACUUCCAGGUACAUUUAGUUUGUGCUUUUUAUUUUCCGGUUACUGUAUAUGAAAUUAUUAUAAUCUUUUUGAGGACCAGAUGAAAAUAUCCAAUUAUGUACAGCCUCAGUUAUUACCAGUUCUUUUGUAAACUAUAUAAAUAUAUAACACUAAGUAUAAGGAGGGGAAGGUGGACUUAAAGAUUUCCUUGUAAGCAAUUCCUACUUGUUACAAUAAUAAAAUGCAAAAUAAAUAAGCAGUGCAAUAUUGAAUUUUGAGAAGUUUAACAACUGGAUGUGGUUUUCUUUUCAUGUUCUGCAUUCAACUGCUCUGCACAAGUUUUACAAUAGUACACCCAAGCGCUGAGCUGUUUUUUAUUGAUAAAUGUUUCUUGUAACAUGCUAAUGUCACUUUAAAAUUCCUAUGGUUGUAGUUAAGGCAAUAAAUAGCUAUGUAAUUGCUAAAGUUAAUAAAACAAAAUAUUGAAAAUUUAGAUAUUCCAUAUUUACAGCAACUAUACUAAUAUAUACAACUCUUAAGACUAAGGGGGGAGAGAAAUGUACCGUACAAAAAAGGGAAUGGACAGAAUGGACAAUCUCACUAGUUUGUCUAACAGCUGUACAUUAAAACUGUUGUAAUGAUUAAAUAGCUUCUGCAUUCAAAGUAACUAUUCACUUUUAAAAAUUCACUGUGGUGCCAAGACACUUUUUAAAUGAAAUAUUUUGAUGAAAACUGACAGUAAUAUGAAAGCUCCUACCAAUCCAGCAUUUAGCUAAACGAAACUUAAACCUACAUUGCUGUGUGAACAGGGGAAUACAUGAAAAAUCAAUGGAAAUUAAAUGGGGGAUCUGUUGGCCAAGUGGAAAAACUAAAUUAGGAGUGGAAUGUUUGUGUUUUCAAGCUUAUAGGAUGGUAUUAAACUGUUAAUUUUAACAAAAUAUAAAGAAAAAUUAUUUGAAAGUGCGCCUAGAGUACAUUAAAGAUGUGCUAACUCACAUAGUAUGUACUGAAGUCCUUUUGUGAGACACAAUAGCUUUAUAAAGCAUUGACAUCUUGUGCUUUAGGUUUCAGACUAGUGUGUCUAAUGCAUUACUAUAGUUAUUGGGAUGCCUUUUGUUCCACAUCCUGUUUUGUUGUAUUAAACUGUAACAAAAAUAAAAAUCCUUUGUCUGUA